GCCCAGGCGUCCUAGCUUCUGCGAGGACCCUGCCAGCCGGCCAGGGGCGGGACCUGAGCCGGUCUCUCCCCGGGUCUUUGCCGCGGUCGGCAACUUCGGGCUGUCCUGCUACCUUUUCUGGUCUCCGGCUUCAAGAUGCCGGGUCCGACCCCCAGUGGCACCAACGUGGGCUCCUCAGGACGCUCUCCCAGCAAAGCGGUGGCCGCUCGGGCGGCGGGAUCCACCGUCCGGCAGAGGAAAAAUGCCAGCUGUGGAACCAGGAGCGCAGGUCGCACUACCUCGGCAGGCACUGGGGGGAUGUGGCGAUUCUACACAGAAGAUUCCCCAGGGCUCAAAGUUGGCCCUGUUCCAGUGUUGGUUAUGAGUCUUCUGUUCAUCGCUUCUGUAUUUAUGCUGCACAUUUGGGGCAAGUACACGCGUUCGUAGAUUCGGCUGCAUCCAUCUGUCAUCUGAAGAAGAAGGAAGAAACCCAACAUUUCUUGGACCAAAAGUGUAGUGAUUUUCUUUUCAAGUGUAUUAUUUUACAGGGAACUAAACAAGAAUUGACUUUGAAGAGUUAGUUUUUUUCUAUGUCUAAUAAACUUUUGAAUUGAUUU